AUGUGUAACGCCUACACACCUGCCGGUGGUACCACCGUCAGCAGGCGGCGGUGGGGCCAUGGUGAAUGGGGAAAUACCGAGGUAGCGCUGCAGUCGUGGAACGAGCGGAAUGUCCUUGCCAACGAACUCUGGCGACUCGAGGCUUGCUGGCUCUACUCUUCGUCCCAACCACGGACGAUUAUGGUGGCGGCCAUCGCACGUGGAAAGCGCAUGCAGUAUCAAUCCUAUUCGGCCUGCCUUCGCAUGCCAAUGUCCCCGCAUCUUACCAACAACAACACCGAUUGGCACCCAGGCGAGGGCUGCCUCCCCUCCGGAGACCUUCCGGAGACCUUCAAAAGAUUCACCUAUCUACCCACCCACCCACCCAACUUCUGGUAUUAUUUUGUUGUUGAUAUACGCCAGAUCUGGACGUGGCUGCCUUAG